AUUAGUUGCUACACCUUCCAUUGACCAAUUAACAACAACAAUAGUUGCUACACCUUCCUUUGACCAAUUACCAACAAGAAUAGUUGCUACACCUUACACUGACCAAUUAACAUUAGUUGCUACACCUUCCAUUGACCAAUUAACAACAACAAUAAUUGCUACACCCUCCAUUGACCAACUGACAACAACAUUAGUUGCUACACCUUCCAUUGACCAAUUAACAACAACAAUAGUUGCUACACCUUCCACUAAACAAUUGACAACAAAUAUUGUUGCUACACCUUCCUUUGACCAAUUAACAACAACAACAACUGCUGCUUUAUCUUCCAUUGACCAAUUAACAAAAACAAUUGUUGCUACAUCUUACAUUGACCAAUUAACAACAACAAUAGUUGCUACACCUUCCACUGACCAACUGACAACAACAAUAGUCUCUACACCCUAUAUUGACCAAUUGACAACAACAAUGGUUGCUACAUCUACCAUUGACCAAAUGACAACAACAACUGUUUCUACACCUUCCAUUGACCUUUCAACAACAGGCAUCACUACUCCAUUAAUAACCAGCCAGCUACCGACUGUAGUUGCUGGUACCUCCACAGCUCACCCUCCAACACCAAGCCUCACUGGUUUACUCACAACUCCACCCAUAACUGACCAACCUAUCGUUACUCCUGUUGAAACAUCAUCACCACACACAACUAUGGUUACUCCACCUACAAGUACCACUCCACCCACAACUACAACACUGCACACAAACAUUACAGUCAUAUCUAACGUCUCUGAGAUGACCAGCACUGCUCCAUCCAACACUCCUCCACCCACCACCAAACUAAUAGACACAACUGUUUCCUACCUAUCAAUUACUGUAUCACCUAAUGAAACCAUUCUAACACCACCCACAACGAUCCAACAAAACACAAUCAAAAAUUCAUCACACACAAUAAGCACACGUACUAAAACAAUUUCCACUCCACCUGUGAUUACCCCCAUAACCUCCACCAGUAUAUCCACUCCACCUGUGAUUACCCCCAUAACCUCCACCAGUAUAUCCACUCCACCUGUGAUUACCCCCAUAACCUCCACCAGUAUAUCCACUCCACUUCCACCCAUCACUGCCCCAUUCACAACCACCCAAGUAAAUGGAAGCAGCACUGCUUCAUCUGAAACUGCUCCACAAAACACAACAAUUCCUGCACCACCCACAAGUACCACAUCAAAUACACCCACAACUGCUCCACCCACAGCUACGCUAAUACACACAACCGUCACUACUCUACCUACAACUACCCCACAACAUCCAACCUUUACAUCUGCCCCUGCAACCUUUCUGUCUAAUGCAACAAUCGAUGCUUCACCAACAGCCAUAGAUGCAAACAUUAUGGCUACGCCCUCAAAUACCCCUGUAAACACAACCGUUACCACUGCAGCCACCACUUUAAUCAACACAACAGCAAUUUCUACUCCACCCAUUAUUACGCCACCGAAGGCGACAACUUUUCAACAAACCACAAAUGUCACACUCAGUGCACAGAGUGCUUCUCCAACAAUUACUCAUAACAACACAAGCGUUACUGCUCCACUCACCUUUACCUCCCUCCAGGCAACGAUUUCUACCUCUCCCACAACGACUUCACCAAUCACUACCUCUAUCCCCACUUCAUCCACAGUUAACCAGCUGACCACUGCAGUGACUACUUCUACUCCAGCAUCAAUUACAAUGUUAAAUACUACACAAAUGAAUACACCACUGACCAAUAUCACUGCUCCACCCACUGCUCCACACAGUAGUACCCCAGCACCCACUGCUACUGCUGUAACACUGGAAAAAGUCAUUACUACCCCCACGAACUUUCACCCAGCUUUGAUCGGUGUGAACCUGAAGAUCUCUUCUCCGUUUCCACUGUCAGAGGAGGAGCUUAGAGAGAUUGUCGCUCAACAGUUCAAAGAUGAGCUGCAGAGACGAGGGCUACCAGGAGGUGUCACCCUGAAGCACGUCAACCAGUUGUGACUAUUGUCACGGUGCCGCUGGUCACUUGUGUGUUAAAUAUACCAUAAUUAUAUAUAUAUAUAUAUAUAUAUAUAU